UCAAAGAAAAUAAACAAAGACAGACGACUCGACGCACAACCGCAAAACAGCCGCUCCCCGCUCUCCAGAGGGCUAGGUCAAAACUAGGCAACGUCUACCUCCGGCUUAUGUCCGGUGAUAAAUGUAUUGUGGAGGAAUAUUAAUAUUGUAGGAAUUUACUCCAGUCAUACUUUUAAAAAGACCUCUUAAGAUGAGGACGAUCGAAGGCAAAAUUGUCGUUCUUGGAUCUCAAGGUGUUGGGAAGACUAGCAUGGUUGUGCGUUACAUUGGGAAAAUGUUCAGCCAUCACAUUAGUCCUACAAUUGGUGCAUCAUUCUUUACUUGCAAGAUAAACAUUGAUGACACAAGAGUAAAAUUACAGGUUUGGGACACAGCUGGUCAAGAACGAUUUCGAUCCAUGGCGCCAAUGUACUAUAGGAAUGCUAAUGCUGCAUUGUUGGUCUUUGAUAUAACUCAGUAUCACACAUUCACCGCCAUUAAAAAUUGGGUGAAAGAACUGCAAAGAAAUGUAGAAGAGCCUAUGGUCCUUGCACUAGUUGGCAACAAGACAGACCUUGUUAAUCAGAGGAAAGUUCUGAGAGAAGAAGCCCACCAAUAUGCAGUAUCUAUUGGAGGAACGUACUUUGAAACAUCUGCAUUACAUGAUGAAGGCAUUGAAGAGGUCUUCCUUAACUCAGCCAUUGGAAUGAUCAAGCUGAGUGAAGACAGCCAAUGCACAAGCUUGCGAAUCUAUGACUCCUCAGAAGCUGGGAGCCCAACAGCAAUUCUGCAGCCCCCACCACCGUUAAGUGCUGCAGUUCAGUUGGAUAAAGGGCCGUCUCCUGGAGAGCAGGAAAGGGUCUUGGGCUGCUGCUGAUAAAUGAAAGGUUACCCAACUUAGCAGAAUCACAUGUAUUUUAUCAUAUUCACAUCAAAUUUCUUCUGUGAUUCAGAAAGAAAUCUGGUCUUACAUUAAAAAGCAGUAUUCUAAAUAAGACAACCAGCCUUAAAACUAAAAGGAGAAAAGAACAAAAAAAAAAUCUGUGUUAAUUAAGCCAGUAACAAACACCUCUUGAAAAUCAAUCCUAGUAAGUGCCUCAUUUUAUCUUGGCAAUAUUGUAAUUUCUUCACAGCCAUAAUUAUGAACUAUAUUGUUUUUUUAAAAGGAGGGAUUGGAGUUUACAAAUGGCAAGAGCGAUUAUCAUGAUAGGUGUGAAGAAAGUCGAUGCACGGGGUGCGAACAUUAUGCUUGCCUUUUGUAAACUCUGAAUCCACACUUAGAUGCAAUUAUAAAGUUCAGGAGAACAGUUUUAAUAUUACUUCUAUACACAGUAAAUAACAAGCCAACCCAGUAAUUUUAGAGUUUUACAUAUUUAAGCAAGUCAAUCAAGUUGUGAUGAAAAAGCUGAUAUUCUUUAUGAAAAAGUUUGAUUCAUAUAUAGUAUUUUCUAGAUGGGCCAAACCUGUUAUAAUACUUUGCUAUUUUAUCCAUGUUUGUGUUGAUGAAUUCUUUUAAUGAGCUAUUGAUCAAUUUAUAUUUAAUCACUUCAGAAUUAUAUUUGUUCAUAUGUUUGUUAUGAAUUAAUUUUAUCAUUUUUGAAUUUUAUAUUGAAAUAUUUUUAUCACUAUGUGCCAUUGUUGAGGUAGUUAGAUUUUGAAAAGACUGAUGGAUAUUUCUAAUUCUUAAGGCUAAGACUUUGUCUUUUAAAGUUUUUGUCUUUCAAUAUCAAUUGAAUUUUUAAGUAGUUCUGUUUUGUGUCAAAAUUGUCUUAUUUCUCUAACCAAGGAGAACACUGAAGUCAAAAUGAUGUCCAUUUGAAAUUCUGAGUCUAAAUAUAGUCGACUUGGUAGCAACAUAGCUGUCAAGGUGACAUCAGUCAGCUUAGACCAAAGUGUUUUCCCUGCUUGUAUCAUUUCCGAUCAUUUUACUGUUAUAUAGCAGUUUGUGGACACUAUCUUGCCAUUUAAAUUUGAUUUAGCCCCUCCAUUUAAUUAUUGAACACAACAGUCAUGUACAUCACUUCAAAUGUUGAGUUUACAUUCCCUUUAUCUUCUUGUAAGUUUGUUUUUAAGGUAUGAGAUUAGUUAGAGCUCAUGUGUACCAAUUAUUAGUAACCGUCCACGUCCUUCCAGAGCAGUGCCUUUAAAGAGUUACAAAACAGAGGGACCAUUCCCAUACCCUUGUGAUAUGUAUUUCUUUCUUGCCCUAUUACUUCUGAAAGUCAAAUAAAAUUAUAUCUUCAA